ACACAGAAUUAAGUCCGCUCCACUGGAGCCCGAGUACGCGUCUUGUCCCCGCCCCCCUUCCGACCAGGCACAGCAUCCAUCCUCUCACGCGCUCACACGCUGCGUGAUCCCCAUCACAACCCGAGCUGCUGAGCCCAUGGAGUAGUAGUACUAGUAGUAGUGGGAGUGCUUCCUUUUUCGUCCCCCCCUUUCUCUCCUCCUUUUUUAUAUCUUUAAUGGAUUCGCCUUUUCUCUGGAUUAUUGCUUCAUCCCUGCACGAGUGAGCCGCCGUGAAUCCUGAGAGGAGAAGAAGUCUCCCGACAGGAGACAAGAUGGCGUCCAACAACACCCUGCGCAGCUACUCCAUCAUCCCAUGUUUCAUCUUCGUAGAGCUCGUCAUCAUGUCCGGCACGGUGUUGUUGGCCUACUACAUGGAGUGCACCGACCUGUUCAGCGUGCACGUGCAGGGUUUCUUCUGCAACGACGCCGAGCUGAUGAAGCCGUACCCCGGCCCCGAGGAGUCCGGCUUCAUCCCGCCCCUCAUCCUCUACUGCGUGGUGGCUGCUGCUCCCACCGCCAUCAUUUUCAUCGGGGAGGUGUCGAUGUACGUGAUGAAGUCAACGAGGGAAGCUCUGCUGGCCCAGGAGAAAACCAUCGUGACAGGAGACUGUUGUUACCUCAACCCUCUUAUCCGCCGCAUCAUACGCUUCAUAGGUGUGUUUGCAUUCGGUCUGUUUGCCACAGACAUCUUCGUCAACGCGGGCCAGGUGGUGACGGGAGGUCUCUCGCCCUACUUCCUGUCUGUCUGUAAGCCCAACUACACCGGCACCGAGUGUCGCUUUAACCACCAGUUCAUCGUCAACGGCAACAUCUGCACCGGGAACCCCGUGGUGGUGGAGAACGCUCGCCGCUCCUUCCCGUCCAAGGACGCUUCACUCAGUGUUUACUCUGCUGUUUACCUGACGAUGUACAUCACCAGCACCAUCAAGACCAAGUCCAGCCGUCUGGCGAAGCCGGUUCUCUGUCUGGGAACGCUGUGUUCUGCCUUCCUGACCGGCCUGAACCGGGUCUCAGAGUACCGGAACCACUGCUCCGACGUGGUGGCCGGCUUCAUCCUGGGGUCCGCCGUCGCUCUGUUCCUGGGUAUAUGUGUUGUGAACAACUUUAAAGGCGUCCACAGUGCAGCAGCCAAACAGAAAACUGAAGACUACCGCGGUCUUCCUCUGAUGACUUUCCCCCGCGUAGAGAGCCCUCUGGAGACUCUCAGCGCACAGAACCACUCGGCAUCCAUGACGGAGGUCACAUGACUAAGGGGGCAGCACCGGGUCACGUUUGCGUCUCCACAGCACUUCCAGACACAAUGACGAGGACGCAUGCCACGUGGCGCCGAAUGCUUAACUAAAAACACUGCUGAUAUAUCUGUUUAAUCCACCCGAGGGAAGAAACACACCGUGUUCCUCAUGGUUCUCUUUUAUUAUUGGGCUAUGCUCAAUCCGACCGACCGAUCGCAUUAAAAAUAUCACAAGGCAAACUUAAGCACAGAUUGUUUUUUUUUCCAGAUAUUUUGAACCAUUUGAAACACGGGAUGUGUGUUUUUUCCCUCCAGGGUGCGCUGUUUGUAGUUAGAGGACGGUGUUUUGUACAUUUUGUAUGAGCGAGUGCUGUAGCCUAUCCUGACGGUGUUAAACCUGCGCACUUCCUGUCAGCUGACUCACUCCGUUUUACAUCACAUCCUGUCAGGUGACUUGCCUCGUCGAUCACAUCUAACCCCCCCUCCCCCUCAGUCUGAAAAAUCUGCGAUGGAAAAAAUAUUGAUGUUGUUGUUCUGUGAUGUUUUUUUCAUUUGUACAGAAAAAAAAAACACAAACAGAAUCCUUCUUUUUAUUAUCUCGCUGUACAUUAACUGACCGUGUCAGGUCAUAUUUUGUAAAGAUUUUUGUCAAUCUGUAUGACUAUUAUGAUCCAUUUGGACCUGUUUGCCUGCUGUGUAAACCUGGAUAUGUUUUGGUAUCAGUUUUAGGUGUUUUGGGGGAACGAACCCCUCUCCCCUUUGGAGGAAAUGACAAGGAAGAGUCAGUGACGUCCUCCGAGUCAGAAAAAAAAUGGGGUUUUUGGCACUUGCGGUGCUAUGAAUGAAAAUGAAAUAUGAUUGGUUGAAAGUCUCACUAGGAGUGUGUUUCACCCCAAUUUCCUGAUUCACUGUGAUGUUAAUAGGGAUGUUUCUACAGAGAGGUCCAGUGGGGCUAGCCGGUG